GGGACUGCUCUGGAGAGGCCCGGGCUAUGGGGCACUUCUCGGGCUGGAGCUGCCGUCUGGGUGACGGUUGAGCUGAGGCCCGGUGCCUGCGGGACAGGGCCGGCCCCUCAGCCCUGCUGGCAGGGAGGCUGCUGAGGCCGGGCCUGGUGGGGAGGCCUGGGGAGAGCUGUUGGAGGGGGCCCUGGAUGCCCACAGCUAAACAAUGUCUGUGCCACGUGGAGCCGUCCAUGCAAAAUGGAUAGUGGGGAAAGUAAUAGGAACCAAAAUGCAGAAAACUGCCAAAGUGAGAGUUACGAGGCUUGUGCUGGAUCCCUACUUACUAAAGUUCUUCAACAAAAGAAAGACCUAUUUUGCCCAUGACCCCCUGCAGCAGUGCACUGUUGGAGACAUUGUUCUUCUUAAAGCUUUGCCUGAGCGAAGGAGCAAACACGUGAAACAUGAACUGGCUGAAAUUGUCUUCAAGGUUGGAAAUGUCAUAGAUCCAAUAACAGGAAAACCCUGUGCAGGAACCAGAUUCCUGGAAAAUCUGUCAGAUUCAGAAAAUCUGACUGAGGCAGAUACUACCUAUCUGAGUGAAAAACUUCAGGAACUUAAAGUUGGUUCAACAGACAAAUAGUGAGAAAAUAUUUAAACAGAGGGAUUCUCAUCUUUUCUCCUGUGAGAUGUUUGGGGCCCUGCUGUUGUAUGUUAAAUGUUUCAGUGAAAUUUGUAGUCAAACUGAAGAGUCAGCAUAGCUGCUUGUAAGAGCAGAUAAUACAGCUUGAUAGGCACUUCUGAGCUUUAAAAUACAAAGAAAAUGUGAGUUUAGUGUUAACACUUUUUGUUGCAUGUAGUUUUACUCUAGGCUUUGUCAGUUUCAAAAGUCAACUGCUCACUUGGAAUGACUCCUCUGUCUUGAGAGACAAAAACAUAACUGCAUAAUGUUUGAGUUUGGUGGGAAGGUCAUUACAUUCUUUGAUUUCUCUGUAUUUCAGACAGUAUUUUGUGGUUUGUAGGUUUAUUUAAUACAAUGCAAUUAAACCUUUGGGAAGGAAGUGCAGAAUUUUAAAACCA